CUCAGACAAACAGACAGACAGACAGACACACUGACUGACUGGGUUGUUCAUUCACUGGGUUUGUUGGGGAGGUUCUUUGCUCGCUCGCUCGCUCGCUCCAUCCACGCCCAUCCACGCCCAUACACGCCCAUCCACGCUCACCGCAGGUUCCCUCAGCCCUUCCUCCCCAGCCCCAACCACCCCGCCCAGUGCCCACGCCCCCAGGCACCGGCUGAAUGAUGCACGUGAUGGAGCCGGCGGGGCGGGGCGGAGGUAGCACCGCUAAUGGCCCAGGCUCCGCCGUCCUCCUCCCGACUAACGGGGCCAAUCGGGGACCCGGCCAUCCCCAUCCCGCCCCUGGCCCUCCCGUGAACGGCGGCACGGGCGCCGGCGGUGGUGGUGGUGUUAAACGUCAGCGUGGCGCCCACCCGUCCUUGCUGAUGAUGGGAUUGAACGGGGCGUGUCCGGAGGAUGAGGUGGAUUCGGAUCUGGUCGACGAUGAUGAUGAUGAAGACGAUGUUGAUGACGACGAGGCGGCGGGUUGGAAACGAGCGCGCUUGGCCGACGAAGCGGCUGCGGCUGCGUCCAAUGGCGGGUGCGGGACGUCCAACUCGCCCGAGAUCGAUAUUGUGAUCAACAACGUGGUGUGCAGUUUUAGCGUGCGCUGCCAUCUCAAUCUGCGUGAUAUCGCCUUGCGCGGCGUCAACGUCGAGUAUCGCCGUGAAAACGGGAUGGUGACCAUGAAGCUUCGCCGUCCGUACACCACGGCUUCGAUUUGGUCUUCGGGGAAGAUCACGUGCACGGGCGCCAACAGCGAGGAUCACGCCAAGAUCGCAGCUCGCCGCUACGCCCGUCUCCUUCAGAAAUUAGGUUUUAACAUUAGGUUCAAGAAUUUCCGCGUGGUCAAUGUGCUCGGAUCGUGCUCACUCCCAUUUGCCAUCAAGAUCACUCAAUUCUCUCAGAAAUAUAAAGAAGCCAGUUACGAGCCCGAGCUCCAUCCAGGAGUGACGUUCAAGAUGCGCGAUCCCAAAGCCACGCUCAAGAUCUUCUCCACGGGCAGCAUCACGGUCACGGCACCCAGCGUGCGGAACGUUCAAUUGGCCAUUGAGAAGAUCUACCCGCUCGUGCACGAGUUCCAAAAGCCAAAAACUGAUAAAACCCCUCGCGACCCUGGCCCGCCCGUGCACCUCCCGUUACAACCCGAAGCUGACGUGGCCGCCGCCAGCAGUAGCAAUAAUAGUGACAACGUCAGCCCCAGUGGACCAUACGGAGCCAAAAAAUCUCAGUCCCAGAUGAGUUCCGGGUUGAAGCGGAAGAAGGGCUUUGCCGAGGAUUCAGACGAGUCUGUUGAGGAAUGGUGAGAGCUUUCGACUCAUGGCAGCAAUUCAACUCUCUCCCCCAGACCUUAACACCAUCAUCAUUAUCAUCGUCCAUUGACCCUCCCUUCACGAGUGAACUUCGAACCAUCGAAGCCAAAGGGAAGGAGGACGAGGAAUGUUUUCCCCCCCUCAACUGAAGAAGCCCAACCGUGGAUGGAGGACGCUCACAGAACGGUUGAUCUGCUACGUCUAGAGCACACUCGAAAUCCCCACUCAGUAACAUUUCGUACCAAACCCCCGUCCCGCUCAUGUCAAGAAACACAGUACUUCCUACUAUCCCUCCUGCGCAUCAUCUUGGGCCUGUUCUUUGGGCGCGUGUUGUUGUUUAUGGCCAGUCUAACCACCUCCUAUAUGUCUAAACGCGUCAAUGAAGACGGUGAACCUUUUGGUAUCUGUUAUGAUCAUUCGCUCUCCCUCGAUGAAGAUCCAGUCAGAGACCCGUAUGGGCACACAAGUUGGCAACGCGCUAUUUAAAAGAGCUCAACAACUCACGAUGCCCAGACCUAAAUAUAUGAAAA